AUGCUCACAACAUUGCACGCCCUGUCACCAGCGGCCGUUUUCCUGGCAUACUUCAUUGCUUCGCUCGCUCAUCCUUUUGGGCACCAGAAACGACUUUCAGUACAGGGAAACAAUCGAUCAGGCAGAUCUCGCCGUGUGGCUUGCACGAUACUCACAACAUUGGUGGCGGCAACGUACAUAUUGGAGUCUAUUCUUCUUGCAUGCGUGCUCCCUGGCCAUGCUGCGACAUCCUCGGAUGAAAGCUUGAUUUUCACGCUUUACUCGUGUCUCGUCUGGCUGCUUCUAUUCCUUGGUCUCCUAGAUUGCCCACCUUCGGACAUUAGGCGCAGCUUCUUAGCUGCGUGGACGGUAGCCUUGGCUUUUGAAGCUGUUUUCGUGGUCUUCGGUCUAUUGACGCCGAAAUUAUCUGGUCUUGCAAGAACUGGGCGCGUUGCCUUGCAAAUAGCUCGCGCCGCGUUCCUCUUGAUUUUAAUUGGUAUCAGUUUCGGAAACCGUCUUACACGUUAUGCAGAAAAAGCCAGCGACGAGGAAAUUACACCCUUACUGGCCAGGAUCGAAAGCCACUUCAGCACAUCUGGUGCCCACCAUGUGAAUGGUGACACUUGUGGAUCUGCUCAAGCCGAAGAUUUGAAGGCGGGAGAUAAGGACUCGACUCAGUCGAAAUCAAACAACGAAUACGAGGAUACCGAUAACGAGGAUGAAGAUAAUGCGGAGCAAGGAAAGCUCAAAAAAGAGUGGUGGGUAUACACCAAGGCAUUCGCAAUAUUCCUUCCACAUCUGUGGCCAAAGGAAAGUCUCAAACUCCAACUUCAUUUCCCGGCGCUGGGCCUUUGUCUACUGGGUCAUAGGGCACUCAAUGUGCUGGUUCCACUUCAACUUGGAGUCGUUGUCAACGUACUCAGAGAAUCUGGUGGUAGUGUUCCAUGGCUAGAAGUUGGUGUCUACGUCGUGCUUUGCCUCGUCGACUCUUCUGCUGGACUAAGUCUCAUCCUGUCAUGGUUGUGGAUGCCUAUAGGCAGAAACGCAACGGAAAAGCUAAGCGCUGCCGCUUAUAACAAAGUCAUGAACCUAUCAAGCGACUUCCACGACUCUAAGAAAAGUGGCGUGCUGUGGAAGGCGGUUAGUCGGGGUGAGGCGCUGAGCGAUCUUUCUUACACGAUCGGCUUCGAAAUGAUACCAAUGUCAGCUGAUCUAUGCAUUGCUGUUGCCGUGCUCGGCUGGCUGUUUGGUGCAUACAUGUCCUUCAUUGUCGCUGUAGCCUCUGUACUUUACCUGUGGGCUACCGCCAAAACCAUCCCCUUGAAGACGAGGUGUCAACGGAAUCUCAUAAACGCCUGGGAAUCCGAAUAUUCACAGAUGACGGAAUCGUCGCUGAACUGGACCACUGUUUCAUACUUUAACCGAAUCGGUUACGAGCAAAACCGAUACAAGGACGCGAUCAAAAUCAGCCAGGGUAAACUGAUACGAUAUCAGGUACUCGCUCUCAUCGUCACUGCCGUACGUGCAUUGGUUCUCGAACUAGGUAUGCUAGCCGCCGCCAUACUCGCGGCUUACCAGAUAUCUCAAGGCAAGAGAAGUGUAGGAGACUUUGUUGUCCUCAUCACAUACUGGGCUCAGCUAACACUUCCACUUCACUACUUUGCUAACGGAUUCUCGAAGAUUGCAAAAUCACUUGUUGACGCUGAGAAGCUCUUGGAGCUUCUCCAGACGGAACCCACAGUCGACAAUCAUACCGAUGCUGCCGAGUUUGUCCUCAAACAAGGUCAGGUCGAUUUUGAUAGAGUAUGUUUCUCCUACGAUGGCAAACGACAAGUUGCCGACAAUCUAUCCUUUCGCGUUGAACCUGGUCAGACGGUCGCGCUGGUUGGUGAAACAGGAGGAGGCAAGUCUACUAUCCUCAAACUCCUUUUCCGCUUCUAUGAUGUGACUAGUGGAAAUAUAAUGGUUGAUGGGCAAGACAUUCGACAUGUCACCCUAGAGAGUCUACGAGCCAACAUUGGAUGUGUCCCGCAGGAUCCUGUACUUUUCAAUCAAACCAUACUACAGAAUCUACGAUAUGCAAAGCUCGACGCGAGUGAGGAGGAGGUCCAAGCCGCUUGUAAAGCAGUCGCGCUGCAUGAAAAAAUCAUGUCAUUCACAAAAGGGUACUCGGAGAAAGUCGGAGAGCGUGGAGUGAAGCUUUCCGGCGGCGAGUUGCAACGAAUUGCCAUAGCGCGUGCCAUACUCAAGAACCCGAAAAUACUGCUUCUUGAUGAAGCUACAAGCAGUGUUGAUAGCGAAACGGAAACAAUCAUUCAAGACAGUCUGAAAAAGCUUUGUGCUGGUAGAACCACUUUUGUUGUUGCUCAUCGUCUGUCUACCAUUGCUCAUGCAGAUCUAGUCAUGGUCAUAAAGAACGGCCGCAUAAUCGAAAGGGGAAGUCACGACAGGCUCAUGCAAGUCAGUGGCUGCUAUAGCAAGCUAUGGACUCGACAGCUUCGCCUUCAGACUGGCAACGACCGGCCCAGAUUACGGAGUCGCUCACCAGAAAAGACCACAGCGCUCGUAGAUGAUGUGACCGACUGUGAUGUUGGGAGCCGUAAAGGCCUCCUCCAAAACAAAAGGCAAGAAAACCGGCGCUCGGAGGAGGGCUAUGGAUCGAUCGAACAAGCCGGAGAUGAAGGGAAAGCCGCACAGCCUGUAAUGGAUGCUAAAGUACGAGGUCGCAGUCCACGCCGAGAUGACGAAGCUUGCUCACGAUCCGACUCAAUGCACAAAAAGAACCCUAGCUCAAAUUCAUCUCUACGCAAGGAUGAAAACACCCUUCAGGAAAGGAGGUCUCGAUCUACCUCGUCGGCACCGACCACCUUGAAGCCUGACGCACCAGAGUUCGUGCCCCACAGGCUACCAAGAAACAUUCCAUACCUGAGCGGCCACACUGAAAGCCCCCAGAAUUCAGAUGCUCAUUUUCGGUCUGAGUCUCGCAUCGCUCUAUCUCGAGCUGCGAUAGAGGGUAAGGAGAAUGCGCCCUUCUCAAAAGAACCAUCAGUGACUCAAUCGACUUCAGCAAUCCCAUCCCUGUCGGGAGAGGAGUUCACCAGAGCCGGGUCCUCCGUUCCAGAUGGCCACAGAAAAAGGGGCAAGAGGACUGAAAACGCUUCAGCUACGACAUCCAGCACUGAGAUUCAAGCAUUCGAGCCAUGUAGGACGAGUAAAAAAUGGCAGGAAAGGAAGCCGGCGUUCAAUUCCAGACGCGAUCUCAGCAAAAGUGAACCACAUGCUUCAUCCGAAGUAAAUGGGACGGAAGGGCAGGGAGCAGAGUGGGAGUCUGCAUCGUAUCCUGGCUCAAGACAUUGCGAUCGAGAUGAGAUGAGUGGAAGGAGUCGAUCGUCGACGCAUAACGAAGCACUUCUAUCAACCCCCAGGACUAAUCGAGAUGGUCGUAUUUUGAAUAAUCACAAGACUCAACAUGGCAAGGCCGAGGGUGAAAGUAGUGAACCUUGCAAAGCGAGAAGAUCAUGA